AUGAUGGGAUUGAUACUACUUGUCGUCCUUUUAGUGAUCAUGCUUGUCCCAUCGUCCUUUGCGGAGGAGGAAGGUUUCUGUGAUGCAAAACCGCUGGGAAAAUACUGCCUCCCGGAUAAUUCAGGCUGGAGGGAAUGCUUGAUUGAUUCCUUAGAUCAGCCGGCGGAAGAAAUACAUAAGUGUCCACCUGGGCUGAAGUAUGCAUGAGGUUUUUUUUUUUAAUGUAGAUGUCUAGGAAUGUUUUUCACCCUUUAAGACCUAUUUCGUCGAAACGCGGCAAUGAAAUGCGUAAGCCUUAUAGUAGGAAGGAUCAAGGUGGUGUUACCACUGUCUGCAUGGAUGGCUAGAGAAGUGCCACGUUCAAUAGAUUAAAGUAUUAUUAAUAGCUAUAAGGCGCGUCUCAUCCUUUGAUGUAUCAAAAAAGGUAACACUUAAGCUCUCGAUGUCCACGUAGGCCCCGGUGUCAUGGUCUAUCUGACAUGUGCCGUCAUCGGUCUGGGUGGGCGAAGUGUGAUCAAAGCAUGAACUGAAUUGGCUGCUGGAGUCGCCGCUAGAGACGUUUCGCGCGGUGGAAGAAGAAGACACGAAAAUUUAUAUUUGGAACCGCAUGACUACCAGAUUUAUUAUGUAAACAUUGAUUUGCGUCAUCAGUAUGGAAUUUCUGCAGCUGAGUCGCAGACGUUCCUCCGCGCGAAACGUCCAAAGCGGCGAAGAGCGCGGAGAAACGGAUGUUUUCGCAGGCUGAGCUAUUGGCUGUUGGCACCGCGUUUUUUUUCCUUCGUGCGGAGCCUCCUCAAAGAGGCCAUCAUAGAGGCUGUCCCCUUACCCCGUCUGAGCAUUUUGCAAUUCUUUGAACUAAACGUUAAUAAUUCUACACUAAAAACAGAGGAUCUCUACUAUUUUGGUUUUCAAUUAAUCAAGCAUGCCACUGUUCUCUAAUCGUUAAUUUUUAACCCUAGGCUGAUUUUACUCUGAGCGUUAUCCCAGAAAAUCAGACUCAAAUCAGUCUUAUGUGUGAUAUUCUAUUAGGUGCUUCUGUAAGCCUGAACAAGGUCUGUGCAGUACGCACAAAAAUAAUCCUUGUUCACGCUCCAUCGAGGAGCCUCAACGACCUGAAUUUCCCCAGUCUUACUUUGGCGUUAUAUUUGUAACCGACGCAUUUUGCGACAAAGACGGCUGCGAAGGUCGCAUUGUGGUGAGCGAAAAAUACCGGGAUGACAAAAAUGGAGGAAGAUCACGUGAAGACCUCGUGAUGGGAUUGACACAGCACAUGACGGUAAUAAUUGUACCGGAGGAAUCAAAAUGGGCACAGGUAUUUUAAAAGAUGUCGAUAUUAGCAAAACAUGAGAAUACAGAAGUCUCUCCUCCAUCGCUCCUUGCCGCUAGGGAUCGGACGUUUCGCGGGAGAGUUUCUCCCCUAGCAUCGAGGUGGAAGGAGAGACGGCUGUAUUCGCAGGCUAAUAGGAAGCUUUAAAGCUACGACGACGGCGACGAAAAGAGAACGGCAAAAAAGGAAUAGGUUUAGAUUGGUAAAACAACAAUUGCACCUGCAUCACGCUUUUUUUUUUUCUUUUCAUCACUACACCAUUACGACGUGAAACUCCUUAAUUUCACGUUCUGUGGAGGACGUCGAACACCACACACGAUUUUCUUUUUCUUCUUGUGAACUUACAUGCAGUCUUUUAGAAUUCAACUCCUGAAAAAAUCGCUAAUAUUUGGCAAAUGAAAGAGUUGGAAUAAGGGCGAUGAAGUUUGAAACAGCGUGAACUCCCACUUUUUGGGAGACGUUUUCGGGGCCGUUACCGUCUUCGUUGCAUAACCUCCCUUUAUAAUAUAUUAGCACACUAACUCAAAACGUUUUCUUUACGCACUAACGCAGGUCGAUCGCUUUAUCGAGUCGACCGGCCUCUUGAGACUUUAUACUUGCUGUAAGCUUUUAAUACGUGUUUACAAUCUAUUUAAAGCAAUUUCAGAGACUUUAUACUUGCUGUAAGCUUUUAAUGCGUGUUUACAAUCUAUUUAAAGCUAUUUCAGUUUCAUCUUACGAGACACCAUAAACUUACUAUGCAAUAAGUUCUGGAUAUCCUGAAGAUAUCCUGUUAUGAAAUGUAUUGUCUCAUUUCUUCGAUUUUAUGGCUAUGCCUUGUGACUGGUCAAAAAAAAAAAAAGGAGAAGCACGCCCCAAGCCCAUCGUGAUUUGGACAUAACAAUUAUUAAAAGACGUUUAACCUUGUUUGCCGCAGCAAACAGGGGUAGUUACUUUUUAAUUUUAAUCAUUCAUCUCUAUUAAUUGAUCUCUCUUUUCAGUACGCCAUUGACUUAAAGGAAGGAGGCCCUUUGUGUAACAAAACAAUCCUCCCUGAAUUCCGAGGCCUCACGAAGGUUCCCGACAAUUUCCGAUUCAAUGGCACAGUAGAGAUUCUCGGCGUGCCAUGCGAGGACUGGAUUUACGAAGCCAAUAGUCAGAGCAACUUUUCUGCUGUCAGGGAUAAAACUCAGAGCUUCGGCGUUAGCCAAACGGCCCGCGACAAAAUCCUCACUCGUCUGACAGAGGACUUAGCCGUCCGCCAAGGAGAGAACGGAGCCGGGCCAAUCACAGAGGUUCAUCAUAUUUACGUGGCAAAAAUCAACGGCACCAACGUCCCGCUUAAGGUGGAAUUCGCCAUCUCCAUCCCUAACCAAAACAUUUUUACACAUUACAAAGAAUUCAUGGUGGCCUACUACCCUAACAAGUCUAUCAGCAUCAACAGCGAGUCCCGGAUGUUUGUAAUCCCGGAUGCGUGCAGUAACCAGGCAGGAGAUGACGUCACACCAGUGGACAUCAACACCAUCAAGCGACAGAAAAACCAUCAUCCAGAGGAAGAGAUUUAUGACGGGGACGAUUACAUGGAAUCCAAGCGAUUUGUUGUGCCUUCAAUGAGAAGCGCAAUGCUUCACUCGUCGGAUCUACUGGAACAAUACAGGAUAGCUGGUCACGUGAAGAAAGAGGCAAAAGGCUUUUAUUAA